CAUAAUAAAAUACGUGGUCUAACAAACCAGCAAAGUAUAUUCCUACUGGUUUGCGAUGUGACUGGUGCAUACCAGUAUCGUUUUCACAAUGAAUUUAGCUAGUCUAGACUAAUUAAAAAAUAUUAUUGUCAAGAGAUUUCGGUCAAGGACCGUUGAGAAAUCAUCUCCCCCAAACUCUCAACUUGGCUUUGGCAACUAAACCAUGUGCAGAUUAUUACAAGGGCGUUCAAGCUAUGACGUUUUAAAACCUGGACGUUGUGUGAAUUUUAUUGAUGACACAGACGUUUGCGAAGUGUUCCCUUCUGCCGCAGAUAAACUGAUGACGGAGACCUUAGCGACCUGUCUUGUGUGUGCUCGUAACUAGGCAGCUGCACAGCACUGGAAGUAGGUGACAGCGCCAGCGUGCCCGUCUUCUCCUAAACUUUUCAUUGGAAUUGGAAUCAGUGUAGCGAGUCAUAAAGUUACACCAUCGCAGAAAUGGAUGCUACAACAAAACCUUUGAGAAUUCCUCCGGAAAUGUCUAUUUAUGCUGAGACACACGAGAUAUUUGAUUUGGUGCAGUUGAUGGUGACAAACCUACUGGUUGACAAGCCAGAGGACCCCUUACAGUACUUGAUUGACUAUCUGAAGAGGGACAGUUUAGAAGUUCCCAGGGUAAUGUUGCUGGGCCCACCGGCGUCUGGGAAAAGAACCAUUGGCAGACAGCUGUGUGAACAGACCCGCGCCGUCCACGUCACCGCCAGCAGCGUCCUGAAGGACGACACAGAGCUGGCCAGGAGGACACAGCAACACGGAGACCAGAAACAGGAAGUCCCCAGUGAGCAGUGGAUUAGGCUGAUCCAGCAGCGCCUGUUAAAAACGGACUGCGUCCAACAGGGAUGGGUGCUGGAGGGGAUACCCCGAAAUCGGCAGGAGGCGCUGCUUCUGCAGGAGCUUGGCAUCGCCCCGGAUCACGUAGUGGUGCUGGAGGCUCCAGAUGCAGUCCUUAUCCACAGAAGUCUCGGCAAGAGGGUAGACCCUGUCACAGGAGACGUGUACCACACCACGUUCAGGUGGCCGAGGGACGACGAGGUGGGGCGGCGUCUGGUGCGGGGGGAGGUCCUGUCGGAGGAGCAGGCGGCGGCCCGGCUGCUGCGGUACCACCGGGAGGCGCACGGCCUCCGCCGCGCCUACGAGAACCGCCUCGCGGUCGUCAACGCUGACCAGCACCACGACGACGUUUACGCGCAGGUGCUGACCCAUGUGCUCCGCCGGCCCCGCUCCGCGGCCCCCCACACCCCCAGGGUCCUGCUCCUCGGGCCCCCGGCCAGCGGGAAGAGCCUGCUGGCGGAGAGGAUCGCUCAGAAGUACGACAUCGUCAACGUUUGCUGUGGGCAGCUUCUGAGGGCAGCGGCCGCGGACCAGGCCGAGACGGGCGAGCUCAUUACGCCCUACCUGGAGACCCGGGAGCCAGUACCUGACAGCACGGUGCUCCAGAUACUGACCCAGCGGCUCAGCAGGCUGGACUGUACCACGCGCGGUUGGGUGCUGCACGGAUUCCCCCGCAACGUGGAACAGGCCAAGAAGCUCCAGGAGUCCAAGUUCAUCCCGUCCAGGGUCUUCUUCCUGGAGGUGAUGGACGCCGUCGCGCUGGAGCGCGUCGCUCUGAGGGCCGUGGACCCUGUCACCGGGGAGAGGUACCACUCCCUGUACAAACCAGCCCCCAGUCCAGAGGUGCAGGCCCGGCUCCGGCAGAGCCCCCUGGACUCGGAGGCUCUGGUUCAGGCCCGGCUGAACGAGUUCUGGGACCGCAUGCCGGCCCUGCAGGCUGUGUACCCCGACGCCGUCUACAUCAGCGGCGAGCAGGACCCCCACACAGUCCUGGAGUCCCUGGAGAGCCGGCUGGUGGGCCAGCUCCCCAGGCGCCUGUCAUCCCCAGAGCAGUGGUGAUGGAGAACACACGGGGG